UGUGGCUCAAAGCCAAGCCGGGAAUGAUGGCGUUGCCCGAGGCAGAUUGCCACGAAGUAAGCGGCUUUUGAGCCGCUGUGCCUUUGCCAGCAACGGGGGCCUCGUUUGUAUGCCGGUGCAACCGUUCCUCAGCGCGGCGCCGCAGUCAGACAGAGGCCGAAAUCGGGGCGGCCUGCAACGCUGACCGGCGCGAAUCGUCACCGGCACCUUUGCGUGCCCAAGCUGAGGACGCUGAGGAAGGAAAAGCGGCGGAAAGAAGGCAAAUAGAGUUGCGGACGCUUGAGGAGGAUGGGCCACUCAGAUGUGCAUCUUGCGGAAGGGCGGCGAAAACGCGGUGUGGAAGGUGCAAGCAGGAAGUCUACUGUGACAAGGAGUGCCAGGCGCAGCACUGGAAGACCCACAAGGCGCUGUGCAGAGCUCCAGCGCCAAGCGCACCCGCAAGGCGUGAGGAGAUUAUUCCUCUUUGCGGUCAAGGAUUCCGCGGUUGGCUUGAGCAGUCUCCCUGGCGGCAAGUGGGAUCCAGCUGUUUGGAGGAGCCUGGCGUUGGCAUCACCAAUUGGAGUAACAACUGCUAUCUGAGUGCAGUCUGUCAGUGCCUACUUCACACGCCCAUGCUCCGGCAGCAUCUCCGAGAGACGUGCCAUGAGCCUCCGGAGGACGCGUGGCUGGCAGAGCUGCUCGGAUUGUGCCGUCUCAUGGACGGGGCCAAGCGACGCGGGACUCGCCAUGUGGACCCUCCACGGCGACUGACUCGACUCAUCGCAGAGGCCAGCGAGGAAUUUGCCUUUGGCCGUCAAGCAGACGCUCAUGAAGCCUUAAUGCUGCUGAUUUCCCGCUGGCUUGCUGGCUGUGUCAAGGUUGGCGAUGGGUCUGGAAGCGAUUGCUCUCGGCUGGGGUAUCUUGAGAAGGAGCAAUUGGAGGCCAGCAGCAUGAUUGGUCAUGUCUUUGGUAUGCUGAUGGGCUCGAAGAUCUCCUGCAACUCCUGCACCUACGAAUCGUUGGUUAGCCGGGUCGAGUACUGCCUGUGCCUCACCGUGACGUUGGGGAUGACUGACGAGGAACUUCAGAAAUGCCGCCAGGAAAGCGCACAACAGCUAAAUCGCUGGUGUUUGCGCCGGCCCAUACAAGGCCCUCGACAAGAUUCCUCUACAAGUCCCACGUCCCUCUCCAACCUUCUCGACGAGUACACGAAAGCCGAGCACAUUGCCGACUUCAAGUGUGAGAAGUGCAAACGUCAAGGCGGUGAUCGCACCUCCUUUGUGCGCAGACGGCCCAACUCCUUGGUCAUCUACAUUGAUCGCCGACAGGACACCAACCUGUUCGGCAAGAUCAACCGAAGGGUGAGCUUCCCAGCAAAGCUGGACCUAAGUCGAUGGAUCCCUCAAGAUGACAUUGUGAAGUUUGGCGAAGCGGAGAAUGCAAAAAGAAGAGGAACGACUUACUUGCUCUACGCCAUGUGUGUGCACCAUGAUUUGCGGGGGUCCACAGCCUCGGGCCACUACGUCGCAUAUGCGCGGGACCGGCACAAUCGAUGGUUUCACAUCGAUGACGAGACCGUGCGGCAGGUGCAGUGGAGCGACGUUGAAGAGCAGCAUCCUUAUUUGCUCUUCUACGUGGCUGAGCAGCCAGUAGAUCUGGCUGAACCAGUUCCAGCUGGUGAGGAGAAAGGUGGCCCAGAGGACGAAGCUAGCCACGAGCACGAGGAGCACCCGGAGCCGGAGCACGCGGAGCACGCGGAGCACGCGGAGCACGCGGAGCACGCGGAGCACGCGGAGCACGCGGAGCACGCGGAGCACGCGGAGCACGUGGAGCACGUGGAGCCGGAGCACGCGGAGCCGGAGCGCGCGGAGUGCGCGUCAGAGCCGGAGCCACCGGAGCCGCCAGAGUCGCCUCAGCCCGAGCCGCCUCAUCCGGCUCCGGAGCUGCUGGAGGCCAAGGCGGUGGACGGAAAGUGCCAAAAUGGAGCCCUUGGUGGCGCCAAAGCUCUGGAGGCUCAGUGAGGCUCAGUGCCAGUGAGGUGCUUUGUGACUCUGCGCAUUGCGCUUUCCAUUUUCCGUUGUACCGUCCAGUCUCCGAGUCUCUUCCUGGCUUUGCCGCUUGGCCCUGCUUCGCCUUGUUUCACCGGCCAUAUGUGCUACGCACAGAGAUACGCAACGCCUUCAUGUAAAAUGU